CCAUUUAUUGGAUGUAUGCAUCAUUUGAUAGGUUCACUUCCACAUCGCUGUCUGAAAAACUUAGCUCAAAAAUAUGGAUCCCUGAUGCAUCUGCAGCUUGGUGAAGUUUCACUCAUCGUUGUUACAUCACCAAACUUUGCGAAAGAGAUCAUGAAAACGCACGAUCUUUCUUUCGCGACCAGGCCUGAACUUCUUGCGUUCAAGAUCAUCUGCUAUGAUAGUAAAGAUAUUGCAUUUUCGCCUUAUGGUGAUUAUUGGAGACAAAUGCGAAAAAUUAGCGUAUUGGAGCUUCUUAGUGCCAAAAGUGUCCGGUCCUUCGAAAAUAUUAGGCAGGAUGAGGUUUUGCACCUGGUUGAAGCAAUAAGGCCUUUAGCAGGUAAGAAGGUGAAUUUAACUGAACAAGUUUUCUCAUAUGCAAGUUCCAUGGUCUGUAGAGCAGCAUUUGGUCAAGUUUCCAAAGAAGAUCAAUACGAAUUCGUACAAUUAAUGAAGCAAGUGGCAGCUUUAGCAGGAGGUUUUGACAUUGCUGAUCUGUUUCCUUCUUACAAAAUUCUUCAUGUCCUGACUGGAAUGAAGCCUAAAUUGCUAAAGAUCCACCACAAAAUGGACAGUAUAUUUGAAAAGUUAAUCGAGGAGCACAUCAAGAACCAGACUAGGAACAAGAAGUUGGUUGCUGAUGCUAGUCAAGAAGAUCUUAUUGAUGUUCUACUGCGAAUUAGAGAUAGUGGGAACCUUCAGUUUCCAAUCACCAAUAACAAUAUCAAAGCUAUCAUCUUUGAUAUGUUUGCUGCUGGAACUGAAACUUCAUCUUCAACCGUUGAAUGGGCUAUGUCAGAGAUGAUCAGAAAACCAGAUGUGAUGGCCAAGGCGCAGAGAGAAAUCAGGCAAGCCUUCAAGGGAAAGCAGAACAUAGAUGAGGCUGAUGUUCAAGGAUUGAGAUACCUGAAGUUGGUGACCAAAGAAACCCUAAGACUACACCCUCCUUUCCCUUUGCUCCUGCCUAGAGAAUGCAGGGAGCAAUGUGAACUAAAUGGAUAUACCAUACCAAUCAAAACAAAGGUCAUGAUUAAUUUCUGGGCAAUUGGAAGGGAUCCGGAGCAUUGGAGUGAUCCGGAGAGCUUUGUACCAGAGAGAUUUGAUAAUAACCUGGUUGAUUUCACAGGAAAUCACUUCGAGUUUGUGCCAUUUGGUGCAGGAAGGAGGAUUUGCCCAGGAAUGUCAUUUGCUUUGGUCAAUGUUGAGCUUCCAUUGGCUCUACUGCUUUGUCAUUUCAACUGGAGACUCCCGGAUGGUAUGGAGUCAAAAGAAUUGGACAUGUUAGAGAAUAAUGGAAUAACAGCAACAAGGAAAAACAACCUUUAUUUGGUCCCUUCCUUGUAUGAUCCUUCGACUGAUUUGGAAUAAACAGUCAUACGUGCAGCACUUCUUUC